AUUGCCCAAUCACAAAAGAGCAGUGAUCUUCCCAAACAUUUAAAAGUCAGGCACGGCUAUGUACCUCAUACAGUUUCUCUUUACCAGACUUCAGAAGAGUAGGAGAACUUCUGUGUUCUGAUAAAACAGGUCUAUGCAGCUCCCUUCACCAUGGAAUCUAUGUUGACUUUAUCAACAGAAGAACUUAUCAAGAAGAAAACUCUUAAGAGGUACAAAAUCAUUUGCAUUGUUCUUCUUGCUUUGCUGGUGAUUGUGUCGCUUGCCUUAGGCCUGGGGCUUGGACUCAGAAAACCAGAACAGCAAGGCAGCUGCAGGAAGAAAUGCUUUGAUGCCUCCUACAGAGGACUGGAGAACUGCCGGUGUGAUGCAGAAUGUCAGAACCGUGGCGAUUGCUGCUGGGAUUUUGAAGACACCUGUGUGAAAUCAACUAAAUUAUGGACGUGCAAUGCCUUUCGUUGUGGAGAGAGUAGACUAGAGACGAGCCUUUGCUCUUGUGCUGAUGACUGCCUGCAGAAGAAAGACUGCUGUGCUGACUAUAAGAGUGUUUGCCAAGGAGAAACCUCAUGGGUGGAAGAAGCCUGUGACGCAGUCCAACAACCUCAGUGUCCAACAGGGUUUGACCUACCACCAGUGGUCUUGAUUUCCAUGGAUGGAUUUAGAGCUGAAUAUUUGCAAACAUGGAGUACUUUAAUGCCAAAUAUCAAUAAACUGAAAACAUGUGGAAUUCAUUCAAAAUAUAUGAGAGCUGUGUAUCCUACCAAAACCUUCCCAAAUCAUUACACCAUUGUCACGGGCUUGUAUCCAGAAUCACAUGGCAUCAUUGACAAUAAUAUGUAUGACGUAAAUCUCAACCAGAAUUUUUCACUUUCUUCAAAGAACCAAAAGGAUCCAUCCUGGUGGUAUGGGCAACCAAUGUGGCUGACAGCGAUGUAUCAAGGUUUAAAAGCUGCUACCUACUUUUGGCCAGGAUCAGAUGUGGCUAUAAAUGGCUCCUUUCCUUCCCUGUAUAAGACUUACAACAGAAAUGUCCCAUAUGAAGAGAGGGUCUUCACGUUGUUACAAUGGCUGGACCUGCCCAAAGCAGAAAGACCCAAUUUUUACACCAUAUAUUUUGAAGAGCCUGAUUCUGCAGGGCAUAAUGAUGGACCAGUCAGUGCCAGAGUAAUUAAAGCCUUACAGCAAGUCGAUAAUACUUUUGGAAUGUUUAUGGAAGGCCUGAAACAGCGGAACUUACACAAUUGUGUUAAUAUAAUCAUUUUGGCUGACCAUGGAAUGGAGCAGACUUACUGUGACAAGAUGGAAUAUAUGACUGAUUAUUUUUCCCAAAUAAACUUCUACAUGUAUGAAGGGCCUGCCCCCCGCAUUAGGACUCGAAAUAUACCUAAUGACUUUUUUAGUUUUAAUUCUGAAGAAAUUGUUAGAAAUCUCAGUUGCCAAAAACCUGACCAGCAUUUCAAACCCUACUUGACUCCUGAUUUGCCAAAACGACUGCACUAUGCGAAAAACAUCAGAAUCGACAAAGCUCAGCUCAUGGUGGAUCGACAGUGGCUGGCUGUGAGGAGUAAAGCAAGUUCAUAUUGUGGAGGAGGCACCCAUGGUUAUGACAAUGAGUUUAAGAGCAUGGAGGCUAUCUUUUUGGCACAUGGACCCAGUUUUAAAGAGAAGACUGAAAUUGAGCCAUUUGAAAAUAUUGAAAUCUACAACCUCAUGUGUGAUCUUCUACGCAUUCAGCCAGCACCAAACAAUGGAACCCAUGGUAGUUUAAACCACCUUCUGAAGGUGCCUUUUCAUGAGCCAGCCCACGCAGAGGAAGUGUCACAGUUUUCUGUCUGUGGCUUUACGACUCCGAAGCCCACAGAUACUCUAGACUGUACAUGCUCUAAACUACAAAACAAUACCCUUCUAGAAGAAGUGAAUCAAAUGCUAAAUCUCACCCAAGAAGAAAUAACAGCAACAGUGAAAGUAAAUUUGCCAUUUGGGAGGCCCAGGGUUAUGCAGAAGAACUUAGACCACUGUCUCCUGUACCACAAGGAAUAUGUCAGUGGAUUUGGAAAAGCUAUGAAAAUGCCCAUGUGGAGUUCAUACACAGUCCCCCAGUGGGGAGACACAUCGCCUCUUCCUCCCACUGUCCCAGACUGUCUGCGGGCUGAUGUCAGGGUUCCUCCUUCUGAGAGCCAAAAAUGCUCCUUCUAUUUAGCAGACAAGAAUAUCACCCACGGCUUCCUCUAUCCUCCUGCAAUCAAUAGAACUUCUGAUAGUCAAUAUGAUGCUUUACUUACAAGUAAUAUGGUCCCUAUGUAUGAAGAAUUCAAAAAAAUGUGGGACUACUUCCACAGUGUUCUUCUUAUAAAAUACGCCACAGAAAGAAAUGGAGUAAAUGUGGUUAGUGGACCAAUAUUUGAUUAUAAUUAUGAUGGCCAUUUUGAUGCUCCAGAUGAAAUUACCGAACAUGUAGCCAACACCAAUGUUCCCAUCCCAACGCACUACUUUGUGGUGCUGACAAGUUGUAAAAACAAGACCCACACACCAGACAGCUGCCCUGGGUGGCUGGAUAUUCUACCUUUUAUCAUCCCUCACCGACCUACCAACGUGGAGAGCUGUCCUGAAGGUAAACCAGAAGCGCUUUGGGUUGAAGAAAGAUUUAAAGCCCACAAUGCCCGAGUCCGUGAUGUCGAACUCCUAACAGGGCUUGACUUUUAUCAGGAAAAGGUACAGCCUGUCUCUGAAAUUUUGCAGCUAAAGACGUUUCUCCCCACAUUUGAAACCGUCAUUUAAUGUAAUAAUGUAUAAUUUACUGUAUAAAACAAUUUUGGCAAAAUGUAAAUGAUUUUUUCUGGAGAAUUAUAAAAUAAAGUUUUCUAUUUUCCUUAUGUCCACUAAAAGCCAUAAUUCAUUGUUCCUUUUUCUUGUUUUUAUUUCUGUUAAUAAGCAUUGUUUUAAAAUUAUAUUUUUCCACAGAUUGUGCCAUUUUAUACCUUCCUUAUUUUUUUUCUUUUUCUUUUUGUAAACUCUAAUUCCACAGAUUAAACCUUCUUUAUUAUAUUUAUUAUCCCACUUAUAAUCAUUGGCUAUAUUUUUCUGCUCCGAAUUGUCCAAACAAAGGGAGAAUAAGAGAAGUAGAUCCCCCUUGGGAAUUGAAUCAGUAUUCCACAAUUUUGUCUUUUAAAAGUUUAUACUUGAUAAUUAGGCAAUAUUUUAUUAAAAUAAAAAUGC